UUUAUGGUAGGACCUCCAUUAAAGAACACGACACCUUAAUUUGCCCCCCUCCCCCCUUUCCUUUUAUUUCUCUCUCUCUCUCUCUCUCUCUCUCUCUCUUCAUAUUCAAGUCUUCCCCUUUCUUCUACCUCUAGAAUUUUGGGUGCUUCAAAUUUUGGAGUGUACUUUUUUUUUAUUUUUCUUUUGAAGUUUAUUCUUAGAUGAAUGCCAUACCCCUAUCCUUUGAGGAAUUUCAAGGGAAGGGGGCUUUAGAUUUUGCUUCUUCAACUUCAUCUUAUUCCAAUUCAUCACUGUUAUUACAACACCAGCAACAGAAAAAGUGGCAAAACAACGAGGAAAGUUGUUGCUAUGUGGGAUUUGAUCCCACAUCUACAAGAAGCCCGAGUCCACCAACGUCUUCAUCAACACUGUCUUCCUCAUUCGACGGAGGCAGCGGUGGUGCCUCCACGGACAGCAGCGGCGUGGCAGAAACAGUAACUGUCUCCAAAGGUAAAAGUCAGUCUUUUGAUAUAGGGACGGGAAAAUGUGGUUUAAAUAUGGAGGAUUGGGAGAAUGACCAAUCCAUUUUGAGACUAAUUAUGGGUGAUGUUGAUGACCCUUCUUUGGGGUUAAACAAGAUUCUUCAACCACCAAGUGGCAGCUGCAGCGGUGGUGGGUCUUCGGAAAAUAUAGAGUUUAAUGCUGGUUUUGGUAUGGUCGAUCAUAGUUUCGGGUUCGACUCCAUUACUAGUAGUGUUAGCUUGAUGAACAAUGAUAUGGUUUCGUGUUUGAAUCCUGUAUUUGACCAAAACCAGGCCGAGUUCACCCAGAACCCGGUUAUGUUAUUCCCUUCGUAUGCUGCUGAAAUGCAGGAACAUAAUCUUUUGUCACCACCACCGCCGAAGAGAUUCAAUUCCGGCACAAGUGGACCGAAUUAUCAAGUACCGAAAGUUCAGUUUUCGGGUUCGGGACCGGAGCAUUAUCUCCAGCGUCAACAAUUGCUUCAUCAAAGGCCAACCACGCCGAAGAUAGUGACUGAUGAAAUGGCGAACCAACAGCUUCAGCAGGCAAUAAUAGACCAAUUAAUUCAGGCCGCAGAGCUGAUCGAAACCGGUGAUCCGGUACUCGCGCAAGGGAUAUUGGCGCGGCUCAAUCACCAGCUCUCCCCUGUAGGUAAGCCCUUUAUAAGGGCUGCUUUCUACUUUAAGGAGGCCUUACAAUUACUCCUUCGUUUCAACACUACCAACACUUCAACUUUGUAUACUACCAAUAUUAUUUUCAAGAUCGCUGCUUACAAAUCGUUCUCUGAGAUAUCUCCGACCAUUCAAUUCAUGAAUUUCACUUGUAAUCAAGCGAUUCUCGAGGUUUUCGAAGGGUGUAAUCGAGUUCACAUAAUCGAUUUUGAUAUCGGAUAUGGUGGACAAUGGGCUUCUUUGAUGCAAGAACUUGUUUUAAGAAAUGGCGGUGCACCUUGUAUGAAAAUUACUGUGUUUGCUUGUCUAACAAGUUACGAUGAAUUCGAACUCAGAUUCACAAUCGAGAAUCUUAAGCAUUUUGCUAAUGAAAUCAACAUGGGUUUCGAUAUCGAAAUCGUUAGCCUCGAGGCAUUGAAUUCGUGUUCUUGGUAUUCAUUGCCCCUGCAUUUCAGUGAAAACGAAACGAUUGCUGUUAAUCUACCGAUCGGUUCUUUUUCCAAUUACCCUUCAACUCUCCCGUUGAUCCUCCGUUUCGUGAAGCAAUUAUCACCCAAAAUCGUUGUCUCGUCUGACCGUGGCUGUGACCGAACCGAUGUUCCGUUCCCUCACCACAUAAUCCAUGCACUCCAAUCAUAUUCCGGCCUACUCGAAUCCCUCGACGCGGUGAACAUGAACCUCAAUGCGUUGGAAAAGAUUGAAAGGUUCUUCCUUCAACCAAGCAUUGAAAAAAUCGUGUUAGGUCGACAUCGGUCCCUCGAAAGAAGACCUCCAUGGAGGAGUUUGUUUAUACAAUUCGGAUUUUCACCAUUAACAUUCAGUAACUUCACUGAAUCACAAGCUGAAUGUUUGGUUCAAAGAACACCAAUUCGAGGUUUCCAUGUCGAAAAAAGACAAUCGGCACUUGUUCUUUGUUGGCAAAGGAGAGAAUUAAUUGCUGCUUCAGCUUGGAGAUGCUGAUAACCACCAUUGUAGGUGCUUCAUAACUUUAUUGGUUAUUAUUAUUAUUAUUUGUUGCCUUGUCUGUGUUCUAUCAAGAAACCGAACAUGUUUAGCAUUUGUAUGGCUUUUGUACAGCUUACUUCGGAUGUGGGUAUAACUGGUUUGGUUCUUUUCUUUCAUUUGGCUAAGUUGCUAUUGUUAGUUAUACAGUUAACAACAAAGGCGAAACAAAGUUAUGUUAAUGGAGAACUUAAUUCAAUCUUUGUCAA